CUAAUGAUAAAUUAUUCAAGUUAUAUGCAACUCAGUUUUUUAAUUUCAACUUUUUUGUUAAAUUAUUUUAAUGAAUUAACUGUAUUAGUUUUGUAGUUUUCACUCCGAGACCAUUUAAUAUAAUUUAUUAUUCUUUGCUUGAUUGACGUCAUCGUGUUCAAAUUAUAACAGCCUAGAACUGCAAUAAUAAUUUGCGGUAGUUAUGUGUCCGGCUUGUUACCUGGCAAUUACAGCCGCGGUGGUUUUUCUCAUCGUCAUGAUAUUCUUCGUCAUUAUUCCACAAAUGUCGCAAACGCGCAUGAAAACAUGAGCAGAAAAAACCUCGAAAUAUGAACAACGCAAUUUAAUCGCGAAAAUAAAGAGCGCAUCUCAAUUUUUGUGUGUGCUGCUUGGCUAGCUUACCAGCCGUUAAAGUUCAUUUUAAUUAGAAUUAAUUUUGUUUUUUAGGUAAUUUAGUUUUACGCAUUUGAUUACUUAUUUGUGUCGCUAAAAAUUUAACGUUUCGUCAUUUUUAUUAUUUGUUAUUACAUUUUUGUAAUUAAAGUAAUUAUUAAGAAGCUAUGGAUUCGAAAAUGGUGGCAUACAUGACCUGGGAGCUGUCCAACAAGAUUGAGGCCUUAAGUGGCGCUGACGAAAUUUAUCAUUAUGACGAAAAACAGCAGAAGGAUAUUCUGGCCGCCAAACCAUGGGAGAAAGAUCCUCACUACUUCAAUUCUAUAAAAAUAUCGGCCCUUGCCCUCCUCAAGAUGGUGAUGCACGCUAGAUCCGGGGGCAACCUCGAGGUGAUGGGGCUGUUGUUGGGCAAGGUGGACAUCAAUAACAUGAUCGUCAUGGACAGUUUUGCACUGCCCGUAGAGGGCACAGAAACUCGAGUUAAUGCACAGGCACAGGCCUACGAAUACAUGGCUGCCUACAUUGAUGCUGCCAAACAAGUAGGCAGGUUAGAGAAUGCCAUAGGCUGGUACCACAGCCAUCCAGGUUAUGGGUGCUGGCUUUCCGGCAUUGAUGUAAGCACUCAGAUGCUGAACCAACAGUUUCAAGAACCUUUUGUUGCUAUCGUUAUUGACCCAAUAAGAACAAUUUCAGCUGGCAAGGUGAACCUGGGAGCCUUCAGGACGUAUCCAAAGGGCUACAAGCCACCUGAUGAUGGCCCAUCCGAGUAUCAGUCAAUUCCUCUCAACAAGAUUGAAGACUUUGGUGUGCACUGCAAACAGUACUACCCUCUCGAUGUAUCCUACUUCAAAUCCUCUCUGGACAGGCGUUUGUUGGAGAUGCUUUGGGACAAGUACUGGGUCAAUACGCUGAGUUCCUGCAACCUCCUCACUAAUGCAGAUUACACGACAGGUCAGAUUUAUGAUUUGACGGACAAACUGGAGCAGUCGGAGUCAUUUCUUGGCAGGGGUCCGUUUGUUGGGGGACCUGAGCAGGUCGCAGCAGAUCGCGCAGAAGAUAAGUUGACCAAAGCCACUAAGGAUAGUUGUAAGAACACCAUUGAAUCCAUACACGGUCUGAUGACACAAGUUAUCAAAGACAAACUUUUCAACAAGAUUAAAUUUGUCGAUAAUUAAUUUCUACUGUUAUUUAAACGUUUAUUCAAUAAGUGUCAUUUAGAUUUCUCCUGUUUUUAUUAUUAUUAUCAUUAUUAUUAUUAUUAGCAAAAAAGUUUGUUCUAAAAAUAAUUUUUUUUUGUG